AUGUCAAACAGUAACGGCCACUCCCUAGAAAGGGGUAUCUGGGCCGCGGUGAUCAUUGCGGCGCUGAUCGUUGUCUUGAGGGUCUUUGCAAAGAUUAAGAUCAAGCGGUUUUACGCCGACGAUGUCUUGAUGAUCAUUGCACAGAUUCUUAUCAUUGCAUCGACGGUCUUCCUCAGUCUUUGCGUGGAACAUGGCUUCGGUGGUGAUCUCACCAAGUUGGCUACGCAGGACUCUGAGCUAGUCUUAAAAUAUAUCGCUAUCCAGGUUCCUCUCGUUACAUUCAGCACCACCAUCGCCCGUUCCGGAUUCAUUAUCUACCUCUGCGCGGUUCUCGGCACGAACAAAUCAUACAAGAUUGCUCUUUGGGUGGUUCUGGCGAUUGGGGCAGCGGGAAAUAUCACUUCGGCAGUGCUGCCUCUGAGCAUCUGUCGCGAUGUGAGGGCGUUGUGGGACCUCGAGGCGGCUAUGAAUACCACUUGUGGUGACACUGCAGCGGUCAUCAAGUUCGCCUAUUACUCUAACACUUUCAACUCGGCCACUGAUCUCUUCCUCGCGGUCUUCCCCACGGUGGUUUUCUGGAAUCUCAAUCUCAAACUGCGCAUCAAGAUCGGCCUUAUCGUUCUUUUGAGUAUGGGUUUCAUUGCGAUGAUUGCCUCCAUUAUCAAGACCACGAAACUGAACCAGCUUCCCGGCAUUACUAACCUUGGUGCCACUGGCGGCGUUGAACUGAUUCGCUGGGGUUACGUCGAGAACGCUAUCAUUAUCAUCACUUCCUCUAUUCCUUGCAUUCGCCCCUUGGUUAUAUCCUCCGUCCGAAAAUUCUCCAGCGUCACCCGUUCCUACGAACUCUCUGGACCUUUCAGCGCUCACCGCACUGCGGGAAACGAGACGAACCACUCCAAAAUGGCACGACGAUUCAACAAGUCUCACAACUUGGAGAAUGGCAGCGUCGAGCGAAUCCUGGAUCACAGUACGCACACCAGCACUACCAUCGGUGGACGACCCGACACGCCUGAGAGGGAGUACCCCGGUAUCACCAAACAGGUCGAAAUCUCGGUGAUUUCUGAUGAUCAACAUCGGAGACUUUGA